AUGGGUGUUAAAUUAUCGACUUCAAUAUCCAAAAAGAAGAAACGUAUUACAAAUUCAUUACAAACACCCAAAAAAACAUACAACACAAAUAGCAGCGAUAUUCCUAGCAUAAAGUCAGCAUCGACCAGCCCACCUUACAAUGAGAAGCAUGCAGUUUCGAGCAUAAACUCAACCACAGACAGCAUGUUCAUGAGUGGAAGAACAUUUCAUCAUGUUGCGAAUUCAGCAUAUUGGUUUCCUAAUGACGACGAAGAGAUGGAUAGACUGAUUGGUCAACACUUUGCAUUGAAAACGCUCUUUGGAGGAAAUAUAUCCAACAUUAUUCUCAAGGAUAUAGAUAUGGAAAAGGGCGAUACAGUAGUUCUAGAUUUAGGUUGCGGACCUGGUACCUGGCUGAUGGAUGUUGCUACAGAGUACCCAUCAAGUCAGUUUAUCGGUGUGGACAUGUGUGACAUAUUUCCAAACAACAUUCGACCACCAAAUGUUAGCUUUCAAAUAGGCAAUGCCCUAGAGAGAUUACCAUUUUCAGACCACACUUUUGAUUUUGUAAAUAUACGACUAUUUAUCAUUGCCUUGAAAGGCGAAGAAUGGCCCGUGGUGAUUGAAGAAGCCUACCGGAUACUGAAACCUGGAGGAUAUCUUCAGAUAGUCGAAUGUGGAAUGCUUGAAAGAGGAAAUGAUUUCGUGAAAUAUGCGGGAAAGAUUUUCAAGGAUGUCAUUGAAAGCAGAGGCCAAGAACCUUACAUUGCGUUCAAAUUGCAAUCUUUAUUAAAAAACCAACAGUUUCGGAUCCAUCACUAUGAAAAUAAGGAUGUAUAUUUAGGGAAAUCGGAUGCACUCAGCAAAGAGUUUCUUUGGGAUGCUUGUAAUAUAUUCAAAAGCGCUCAGGCAGUCUUACAAGACCCAUUAGGUUGUAAUGCUGAUAAUUAUCCUCAGUUUCUUAAUAGACUAUACAAAGAGCUACAAAAGCAACCAGAUGCAAUAUGGUCCUUUUCAAUUUGUAUUGGCCAGAAAUAA